GCGGGGCAAGAUGGCGGCUCCCGGGGACGGUGCGGAUCUGGAGGCCUCGCUGCUGAGCUUCGAGAAGCUGGACCGAGCCUCGCCGGACCUGUGGCCUGAGCAGCUGCCAGGUGUUGCUGAAUUCGCCGCCUCCUUCAAAAGCCCUAUUACUAGUUCUCCUCCCAAAUGGAUGGCUGAAUUAGAAAAUGAUGAUAUUGAUAUGUUAAAGGAGUUGGGGAGCCUCACUACUGCUAACCUGAUGGAGAAGGUUCGGGGCCUGCAGAACUUAGCUUAUCAGCUGGGACUGGAUGAAUCUAGAGAAAUGACUCGAGGGAAAUUCCUCAACAUCCUAGAAAAACCCAAGAAGUAGCUGCUGCUUCUGGCGUUUGGACAAAGAUACCCCAGCUGGAUCACUUUAUGUACUGUGGAUCCAGGUGAACCCCAGAACUUCUAAGGAGGAGAACAAAGCUCUCGGUUUAGAUCUUCGGAAGCAAAUGUCUCUAUUGCUUCAACAGCUUGUCUCAUAACUGGGGAGAAGCAUUCCAUACGCAGAUCACAAGGGUUGCUGCAAAUUCCAUUGGCAUUCAGCGUUUAUCUGACCUUAAGAUAUCCAACAGGACGACUCAGCCCUGACAUGCUGUGACAAAGUUACCUGCCAAUUUUUUUAAAUCCACUGUUCAAAGUGAUCAACCCCAGGGUCCUCGCUGGAUUGCCCUCAGAGGCCGCCCCUGUUUGUAACACGUAACAGAUCUUUUGUGAUGGUGGCCAGUGUGCAUCACGACGCACUGGCUCUUUCAUGUGUCUCUUGUCCUAGAUAGGUUGCUCUUCUGUAUGCAAUUUCUGUGUUGAAAGGUUUGAGCAGAGUUUGGGGUGUAGACUGAUAGUUCUAGCCUUGGUUCUCCAGGAGCAUGUGCUUUUUGUGCAGAAAUUGAGUGUCAUCUGAAUCCAGUCACUGCCUUAAAAGAAGCAUAUCUGGUACUUCGAGGAGGACUUUCAAUCUGGUCUAUUCACUUUGUUUGGCUUGUGUCAAGUGUUGUGUGUACUGGGAGCUGCUUCUCACCACUAAACGGUUCUCUUGUGGAAUCUAGACUGACAGAGCAUAGGGAGGGAGGAAGAGUUGUGAGUCAUGAUGGAAAAUAUCUCUAGAGAAUCUUUGGCCACUACAUUUAAACAACAACAACAACAAACAUUUUUCAGCCACCUGCAAAUCACAAUUUAUUUAUGGAGCUAGAAACAGAAGAAAGUUAGAAAUAAGGUUAAAAAGCUGAAAGGCAAUAACGCUUUCAUGUAGAGAGAGCUCCAAGUGGUGGCAGCAGGCUUGUUAGCCCCACUGCAAGGAUCUUCUGCCCAAACAAAAGCUUCACACUUCUGAAAAAAACGUUCCUUGAUGUUUUCCAUUAUAUUAAGAAAACAGCAACCUCAAAACUUGCUUCACCUACAAAGCUAGAAUUUUUGAAGAGAGAAUUUUCUGGUAUCUGGUGUCUUCUGGCACAAAAUUUUGGGAGUUACUCAUCUUACGAUUUAAUGCCUUUUUUUUUCUUGUUGAUGCACUUCUGUAUGCUCAUCCCUGAGAGGAGGUAGGGAGCGUGUUCAGAUAGUUUAUUUAAGAGAAGAAUUUUUUCAUUUCAUCCUGUUUUCUUUUCCUAGAAGGCAGCAUUCUAAGCAUUAGUAAAUAGGUGGUUAUUUUUAGAAUAAAAACAGAAUAUUGAAACAUUGGGUAAAGAACUGUUUGACUGUUUGUUUGUUUGUUUGUUUUCUCUCUCCAUUCAGAAAUGCCAUUUUUAGCAUGCAUGAUUUUCAGAAUUUGUCAUUUCCCAGACUGCAAUCACAUGCGAGAGGAGGAAUGACUUAGAAUAGUACUUGUGCUGCAUCAUUAACAGUUUGUCCUUAGAGCAUUGCAUAUUUCUGUCUUUGCAGAGAGAGGAGACUGUUUUCAGGUGUGUGUGCAAUAAGGAGGAGAAGAUUUUUAAUCAAGUAGACUUCUCUGAAUUUUUACUAAAAUGCUUGUGGCCUUUCAAUCUUCAGUCUGUGGUUGCUUGUUACCAGUCAGAACUAGGCUCAUUUUGGACAGCUCCUGUUAACUAAGUUUAAAUAAUUAAACCCCAAAUUCCAGAAAGAUCAUAUACAAGUACUGAAUAUUUAGGCAUGUCUUGAGUCUGAUUUUUUUUUUUUUUUUUUUUUUUUUUUUUUUGUAAAUGUAAUGGAUUUAUUUCCAUACUUCAAAUUUUGCAGGACUAAGUUUAACAGAGGAACUCCAUCCAUUGAAAGCAUGAAAGAUGGUACAGGAGAAUGUGAAGAGAAGCUAGAAGUGGUAACUUGAGACAGAAAAAACUUGCUGGUGCAAAUUGGUGUUGAUGCAGCUUUAACUAUUAACUUAUACAUUUGAGAUGCAAUAUUAGGUUUGUUUAUCAUAUUUAUAGUGUAAAUACACACACAUAUAACAUUGGGAUACACAGCCUGUAUCACCAAUGUGACUUUGUGCAUAUUGAAGAGAUUUAUAGGUUCAACACAUUCAGGAAUUUGAGAUCUGAAGGAAGGAGGAAUGUAGGGGAAGAUAUCAAAGUCUAACCUGGAAAUAUAUGUGUAUUUUCUGAUAUGUUUAGUAAGUAGUAAGAGAUUUCCAUCUUUUAGCAGUUCUUAGUAACAUUCCUGUGUUUUGUUCCUUUUCCUUUUAAUAAAAAAAAAUGUCUUUACCACAUGCAGAAGUACUUAUCUAUAGGGCAGCAAGUAAUAUAUGCUUUAAAACUGUGAUAUUUAUUGGCUUUGUACUUGUCAUCUGUAGAGAUGAGUCAGUGAUGUAUUUUUAGUGGUAAUAUUUAGAUGUAUUUGUGUGUGCUAUCCAGCAGACUGUAAUCUGUUACUGCUCUGUGGUCUCAUAAUAAACACAAAGCUCGCAGAA